AUGGAUCUGAGGGCGGCUGCGGCCCUUUGCCUGUGGGUGCUGAGCGCCUGCCGCCCCCGGGACGGGCUGGAGGCGGCUGCGGUGAGGGACUCGCCAGGAGCCGGCGGCCCAGGGCCACUCGCAGCCGCCUCGCAGGGGAGGCUCCCGAGGCAGAGGGAGGCUGGACGCCGCGGCGGAGGGGCUCUGCGGAACGGCACGGUGGUGCCCCACCAGUACAUGGUGUCCCUCUACCGGAGCCUGGCCGCCCCCGAGCCGCCCGGGGCGGCCGCCAGCAGCGGCAGGAGCCGCGCCGAUACGGUCACGGGCUUCGCGGACCUGGCGGCCGGAGAUGACUCUGCGGCAGAGGCCGGCCAGAUGUACCUCUUCGAUGUCUCCAGCCUGCCGGAGACGGACGAGGUGGUGGGCGCUGAGCUCCGCGUCCUCCGGAAGCCCCCCGCGAACCGGAGUUUAGCCCUGUCCCGAGAGGGAGCCCUUCACCGCCUGCUGCUCUCCGCCUGCCCCGGCGCAGACCGGCCGCCCCGGCUGUGGGACUCCCGGGCUGCGGACAUUCUCGACUCGGGCUCGCCCCGCUGGGAGGUGUUUGACGUGUGGGAAGCCAUGAGGGACUGGAGAGAGAAACCCGGCUCGGGCCAGCGGCUGUGCUUCGUGCUGAGGAUCGUGUCGGAUCAGUCCGGGAGACCUCUGCCCCCCGGGCAGCUGGGCUUCAGCAAGCCCCAGCCCCAGCCCCACGAGAGAGCCCUCCUGGUGGCUUUUUCGCACAGCAAGAGGAAGGAGAAUCUCUUCAAGGAGAUCAGGGAUCAGGUGAAAGCCCUGGGCAGCCCGCCGUUCUUGGAGCCCCCCGAUCCUGGCCAGGAAACGCCCUCUAAACCCAGGAGGAGGCGCAGGACCACAAUCGCCGCCCGGGCUGGGGGGAGAGGUGGGGGCAAGAAGGCAAAGACACGGUGCAGCAGGAAGGCCCUGCAUGUUAAUUUCAAGGAGCUGGGCUGGGAUGACUGGAUAAUCGCCCCUCUGGAUUACGAGGCGUACCACUGCGAGGGGAUCUGCGAUUUCCCCUUGAGGUCCCACCUGGAGCCUACCAACCACGCCAUCAUCCAGACGCUGAUGAACUCCAUGGACCCCGAGUCCACGCCUCCCAGCUGCUGCGUGCCUUCCAAACUCAGCCCCAUCAGCAUCCUCUACAUAGACUCCGGAAACAACGUGGUUUACAAACAAUACGAGGACAUGGUGGUCGAAACAUGUGGCUGCAGGUAGCAAUUUCUGCAGCCCCAUUAUCCCAGCAGC